ACAGGAAGGUGCAUGUUGAUGGGUAAAGGCUGCAAAGAUGGCGGUGUGUGUGCGCUUUGGGUUUAGUUUGACUGUGUCAGUCGUGCUCUUUGCUGUCACUUCAGCCUCUCUGGGCUUCCUCAACCUGGAGGAGCUGACAGAGAUGAAGUACGGGAUAGAGAUCCUGUCAGAGCCGGUUAUUAAAGGGCAGAGCAAGUCUGACAACAUAGUGACAAUCUCCUCCAAAUACAAGCAGAAUUAUGAAUGCAAGCUUCCAGCUAUUGCUGUGAAAUUCCACCAAGACAAAGAUGAAGAGCAGGCAUACUUGGGACUUGGCAUAUCUGAUCUACUCAAGCCCAUGGAGGCAGCACCAUGUCUCAUCAAGACUAAAGAUUGGUGGACAUAUGAGUUUUGUUAUGGAAAACAUAUACAACAAUACCACAUUGAAGAAUCUGAGUUGAAGGGUGAUAUUUUAUACCUCGGAUAUUAUCAAUCUGAGUUUGACUGGAACAAUGAGACUGCUAAGGCUUCAAAGCAUCACAGAUUAAAGCGUUAUCAUAGUCAGCUAUAUGUUAAUGGUUCCAAAUGUGAUCUGAAUGGAAAGUCCAGGGAAACUGAAGUUAGGUUCAUGUGUGAAGAAGGCUCUGGUGAUUAUAUAGCACGUGUUGAUGAACCACAGUCUUGCACUUAUGUCCUCACUGUGCACACCACCCGCAUUUGCCAUCAUCCUUUUCUUCGCAUGCCUUCCACUGGGAUACCUCAGUCCAUAAGGUGCCAUCCAGCCCUCACCCCAGAACAAUAUGUUGAAUAUGUGAAGGCUCAAGUCUCUGACACAAAGAGGAUAGUGGAGGAACUGUCAGAGGAACUCAAGACCCUGGACUUGAGAACAUCAUCAAAUAAAAUGUCUUCUUUAAAUCACGUCUUGAAUAGAAAUGAUUUUGAAGAGUCAAUAUCUACAGAGCAAGAACAGCAAAAAGAUGAGAUUGGAUCUGAAGCAUCUUUGGGCGAUAUAACCACAGAGGAAGAUGGGGAGAAUGUCGUUCUUGAUGAAGAGCAUACAGAGACAGAUUUCUGGAAUAAAAUUCUAGGACAGCGAAAUGGAGAAACUGAAACUGCAGAUGUUGAUAAAAUGGAUACAUUUCCAAAUUCGAACAACCCACCAGAGCCACCAAAAGAUUUACCGAAUUCUCUUCGUUAUAAGAUAAUAAGGAAUCCAGAAGAUCUAGUGAAGUUUAUUACAGAACUAAAAUCUUCCAGGAAGGAGAAAGAUAAGGACAAGGAUAAGGACAAAGAUGUGCAAAGUUUGCAUAGUGAACAAGAUUCCACCUCUGCAUCAGAAACACAAACAGAGGAGGUAGAAGAUGAACAAACUCUCUUGCAAGAGUUCGAAAAAGAGCUAGAAAACAUCCUGCUACCAAAGUCUGACUUGCCUCAGAUAAAAGAAAAUGUGAAAACGGAGAUGGAGAAAGAAUUUGAAAACAUUAUUGAUGAGGCUCAAGAAGAGAUGGAAACUGAAGGUUUAAAAGGAGAAUUUGAUAGGAAACAUGCAUCAAAGUCCCUAGUGACUACACUGAACAAAUUAAUAGACAAACUAGACCAUGCGGUAAAUGAAAAAGAUGAUGAUGAAACUCUGGAGAGUGAAAAAGAAAUGACACAAAGUGACACAGAACCAAGUGAUAAAACACCUGAUGAACAAGCUGAUGGUCGUGUUAAAGUCAGGGUCACUAGGAUACAACGGGGCAGUCCUGAGCAGAAUGAGAGGAAGGUGAGCGAAGUGAGCAGCGAGAACUCACAACUGAAACACAUUGAAAAUGUUAUUAAAGACCUGCUUGAAAAGGAAGGACUAAAGGCAGAAGGUAAAAUUGAAAUAAAGAUACUUACAACUAAUGCGUUUGGGGAGGAUGGUGGACAUUUACUCUCAGACGAGGAUACCAAAACCUUGAAAGAUAUUGUCUUCAAUAUACUGGUUCAAGGUUCAGAAGAGGCCCAUAAAGAACAGAAACGACAACAGCAACUGGAGGACAACUACCGUUUUGUGUGGAAACAAGAUCAAGAUGAUUCGAAAAGCACAAGUGCUGCUACAGACUCUGAUGAUGUGGAAUUUUAACAUUAAGUUCUAGACUGUUCCUUAAAAGACAGCAGAUGACUCCCCCCGCGCUCCCUUGAUCUUGUGCUUCAUAACAAAUUUUUAAAAUCCUGCAUUUUGAAAAUUGUGGCACAGUUUUGUCUGCAGUCUUUUUAAACACAAAAGGCGUGCUGGAUGUUGCCUAGCAAUAUUGGUAGGUUUUUAUGUACAAAUGUGUGUGUGUGUUGUUUUUUUUUUUUUUUUUGUUUGUUUUGAUUUCUCAUAGGAAGCAUUUUGAUGAUGGUGUGAUCAAAUUGAAAUGGUCAGUAAAAUGGUCAAGACUGUCAAAGAGUUAAAGGGGUAUUUUAGGCACUGUUGCCAUUACAGCUUACUGUAGUAAUGUAGCAGUAUUAUUUGGAUCCUGUUUCCCCAGGUUAAUCAGUUUUUUUAGCACUUUUGGGGGGGAAAAAACAAACCAGGCUCUUCUCACUCCCUGAGCACUGCCUCUCAGCAGACCUUACACUUGCUUGUUAUCUGUACAAGUCGAAUUGUGUUUAGAUAGCAAUGAUAACAAGCACUGAGCUAAGAGGAACUUCUGCAUUAUCUUGGUGGUACCUGAGGAGGGCUGACAACUGCUUAAACCCUUUGGCAAACAUUAGAAAAAUAAAACAUACCACUUUAUCAUUAAAAGCACAGUCUAAGACAGAAUCUCACACGGUUAGACACCACACUGGUAAUAUGGAAAAUGUGGCUUCAUGGGAGGAUUGAAAUAUGGCACCCUCCAGAACCUCCCUUCAGUUGUCUACCUUUCUUCUAGGAAGAAGGCCCUAGGUUCCUGGCAAGUGAGCUACACACACCUUAUGACAGAGUUAAACUAUCAUAAUUUUGUGCUCUGCCCACUAUUCAGCCAUGAAGUGGGCUGCAAGAAUGCUGUGUGAAAUAUUCCUUGCAGCUUGCUAAGGACAAUCUAGGCCCACCACUUAUGUUUGGGCCUCCAAAAAAACAUGGACAGGUUAUAUAAUACUAGUUCAAGAAACAUGACUGUACAGCAAAGGUUGUGUUGACGUCUUAUAGAAUUCAUUGUGGUGUUAAUAAAUUCCCAAUGCUUACUUGGAAAGUCUUCAGUUUGGCCUCAGUUUUUCAGUUCACAUUUUAAAGUGAGUAAAACCCUUGAUCACUCAUUGUUCUUGCCCAUUUAUCAACACGUUUUUGUAGGUGUUUUGCAUUGCAUUCAUGUAGUGCUGUUUGUAUAUAAUAUAUGAUGGUGAAAGUUCUGUUAAAUAGGCAUUAUAACGACUCUUGUCUGCUGUAGUGGUUGUUGUGCCAACAUGCUUCUGCUGCUGUCCACUGGUUCCUUCACAAUGGCAGGAAGGACCCUAAAGGUUUGUGCGGAAAAACUUUGUUUCAUAUAGUUUGACAAAGAAGUCUGAGGAUUGUAUCAAGCAUGAUGGCAACAUAACCACUAAAGUGACCUUAAUGUUACAAAUGUUUUGUGAGUGUAUAUUAACCCGCCUCUCCCUUCCCAAACAUUUCUUCUCUACAUUUGCUUGUACAAUGUGUCCAUCAAACUGUUAACUAUGCACGAAAAAGCCUCUCCUAUUGUUUGAAAGGUCUUACUUUAAGGCUAAUUGAGGUUGUGUUUUUCCUCUAUUUCUCUUUCCCUUGCUCCUCUUAUCCUGUGUGCACUAGCCAUGUUAAAAGUUAAUUCAAAAAGCUUUAUGUGAAAAAUGUUGGAAGUGUUCAUUCUGAAUGUGUUUAAUAUGGUUGGAGUUUCCAAAAAAUAAAAAAAUAAAAUGUAAAGUUAAAAUUAAUUUUAAGAGCACAGUGAGAGGGAAACCUUCAUGUAAAACAAAUGCUGUCUAUCUAUCGUUCCCUUUACAUGAAAUAAUGUUUCCUUUUCCCCUUGCACUUAAUUCCUUAUAAUGUACAUUUUACAAAUUUUCUUUAGAAUUUGGAUAUCUUCAAAUGUUAAUUUUGCUAUUGUAUAGCUCAGGAAUUAUUGAAAGAGUAAACGGCUUAAAUCUUUUGUA